AUGCCGCUUCAUACACGUGCCAUGAAUUCUUCUAGUUCUAACAGACGGGCCGUCUGUACAGUCGCAUUGGACCGCACCUUUGAUAGGAUUUUCAAGAUUGAAAUUCCCUUUGAUUUACCUUCUGGGUUGUCCAAAAUAGUCGGUUCCUGCAAUGGGUUGUUAUGUCUCGCCACUUCGACUAAUGUUAUAUAUUUGUGGAACCUCGGCGCUAGAAAAAUCAAAAGGUUGCCUGAUUCUUGCUUAGGAAAUUUGGGUGUUGUUACACUCGGAUUUGCUUAUCAUUCGGAGAACAAUGACUACAAGGUUUUGAGGGUUUCGUGUUGCCCUUGGAUAAGACCGAAUGUGCCUGAUGACAUUGAGGUGUACUCAUUAAGUUCGGAUUCAAGGAGAAGGGUUGGAAUGUCAUUGAGAGCCAAAGUUAAGGCAUUUGAUAAUAGUUUUCUUUUGCCAACUCCAUUGGUUAGUGGUGCUUUGCACUGGAUCUCACGUGUCGUAGAAGGAGAAGAGGAGUGUAAGGUUGAAGUGAUUAUGUCAUUUGAUGUCAAUAGUGAGGAAUUUAGAAUGUUAAGAAUGCCUGAUGGUGCUAUGUCAAUAGUGAGAUUUCAAACAUGUCUUGCAUUAUUCAAGGGGAAUCUGGCUUUCCUUAGAUUUGGACAAAGUGAACAACGUGGUGGCUACCAAUACUCUAUCUGGGUGAUGAGGGAGUAUGGCGUGCUUGAGUCUUAG